AUGCGAGCGUUGGGCUUUCCACAGCCGAUAUCUUUAGAAAGCUUUCGGUCUCCCAACUGGAAUCUUCUGGAGAGUUGUCUUCGGUGGAUGGCGGCUAGAGUGGAGCCUGAUGCUGUUUUGGCUGGAGGAAAGGAAACUGUGGAACAACGCGUUGCUAUGAUCACGCAUGCUUUAGAGCUGUUUCACACGCGAGCCAACUUAAAGUUGAACGGGAAGAAGUUAUACGGCGCAGACGGAUGGGCUGUUAAGGAAUUGCUUAAAGUGGCCGCUCUGCUAAGAACUGCGCUAGAAACCUCUCCAUCAGAUCCUCAGGACCAUACGCCACUGAUAUACGACAUUAGCAAUAGGAUUGGUCAAAUAAAACAAGCUCGUGCUUUGGCAACAGAUAUAACGGCCCAAGGUGCUUUUUUAUACGAUCUAUUGGCCAAGGAGCCUGAAAAUAAGGAAACUCGCGAACGCGCUCUCUCUCGUCCCCUGGACACAUCUUCAUCAGAGGCUGCUUUACGUCGGGCUGUAUCCGCGGUGGCAGCUCAGGUGUCUGAAACGCGGGAACAGAUCGACAACGUUGCGGCCAGUGAAGCCGCGUUAGAUGCCAAGUUAGAACGACGCCGAGCAGAGCUGCAGAGGGCUGAAAAACGACUGCACACGGUACAGAAGAUCAAACCCGCAUACCAAGCUGAACUGUCAGCCUUGGAGGGCGAGAUCGAAGAGUUGUGGGAUCAAUACGUGUUGCGGUACCGCUGUGUGGAGGCACUUAAGCAUCAGCUCAGCCUGUUAGAAACUGCUCAGAACGAGGCGGCCGAGGAGCAACAAGCUUCCAUCAUGCAGCUGAUCCAGAAGUAUGAAACCGAGGAUGUCCUCGGCAAACUCAGCGAUUCUGAUGACUUGGAGUCAAGCGGCGAAGAGAGAAAGCGGCCUCGGCCCGCCACCAGACCGCGCACCAGGUUGCGAAUCAAGACUGCGGGCACCGGCGGCUCGGAGGUGAGAGGUGCGGGCGCAUGGUUGGCGGGCGGAGCCGCUUCGCGGGACUCGCUCGACAUCCGCGACGAGGACGACUCGCACUCCGACUCGGAGCCGGACCUCUCCGACGCCCAACUCUUCGGUGGCGACGGUCGCGCAGCGCGCUGGUCGAGACGCCCCGCGACGCGCACGCUGGCAGCGGCCGACGAACACUACGCAGAUCUCAUACGAGGUGUCGACGCGCCGGGAGGCGACUCCCUCGGCAGUUCUUCAGAGAGCGAGUUGAGGCUGUCCAGCCCCAAACUGGGUCGCAACUCUGCGCUGAGCGACGACGAGUUCUAA